AUGCAGACAUCAGGCCUGACGCUAGAGCCACCAGGUGUCGCUUCUCCAGCUACGCUGGCCGUCGCCGCGGUGACAUUUCUCACUGCUCUCGUACUCUAUGAACUGUUCACGUACCGCAAGCGGCGAUCCAUGCCGCCAGGCCCAUUCCGCUGGCCUUUCAUAGGAAACACUCUCCAGAUCCCGCAAGUCCAUCCGUGGCUCACAUAUUCACGCUGGGCACAGGUAUACGGCGACAUACUUCACCUCGACGCCCUCGGACAGCACAUCAUCGUGAUCAACAGCGCCAAGAUCGCGCGCGAACUGCUCGACAAGCGGUCUGCGAUCUAUUCUGGGAGACCUCAUCUCGUGAUGGCGGGAGACCUCGCAGGACAAGAUAGGUUACUUAUCCUGCAACCUUACGGUGACGAGUUCCGGCAACAGCGACGAUUCAUAUCCCAGGACCUCAGCGUCGCCGCCGUUCGACGGUACUAUGACAUACAGGAGGCAGCGGCCCGUCGACUCGUCCUUGGAGUCAUCAAUGAUCCCGGGUCGCUGGAGAGUCAGAUCAAGGUGAAUAUUGCGAGCAUCAUCAUGCUCGUUACGUAUGGCUACACGGUCAAGGGCACCGACGACCCCUUCAUAACGAGGCCGUUCGAGGUCAUGGACAACUUCAACGCGUCGAUGACACCUGGCGUAUGGAUAGUGGACAUGAUUCCCCAGCUCAAAUACCUCCCAUUGUGGACGCCGGGCGCGACGUUUCUCAAGACGGCGAAGGUGUGGCGCAAGCAUCUCUUUACGACUAACUGGAUGGUAUACUCGUGGAGCAAGGAGAGCUCAGAAAAUGGCACAGCGCGCGUUCCCAAUCUGUGCGCGUCGGUCCUUACGGAGAUGGAAGGCAAGGUGACUCCUCAGUUAGAGGAGUCCCUUAUGUGGGCCGCAGGCACCGUGCUAGGAGGCGGUCUGGAUACAAACAUCUCGACCAUCCUUUCAUUCAUUCUCGCAAUGCUCCGCUUCCCCGACGUGCAGAGGAAAGCACAGGUCGAGAUCGACGCCGUGGUGGGGAGCGAGCGGCUCCCAGAGAUAUCCGACAGACCAUCGCUACCAUAUAUUCGAAGCGUCGUCACUGAAGUAUACCGGUGGCUUCCGGCUAUUCCUCUAUGUAUUCCACAUGCGCUCACUGAGGACGAUGUCUACAAUGGCGUCUUUCUCCCCAAAGGCUCGGUGGUCAUGCCGAAUGUGUGGCAUAUGCUGCAUGACCCGACCAUCUACCCCGACCCGGACGCAUUCAAACCCGAGCGAUAUGGCGGGCUAGACAGCGAGAUGAAGAAGGUGACCGACCUUGCGUUUGGAUUCGGGCGGCGUGCAUGUCCUGGGUACCAGUUCGCCCAAGGGACCAUCUUCACGAUUGUUGCGACCAUGCUGGCGACGUGCGACAUAGUGCCUGUUGUCGACGAGCAUGGGCAAAACAGUAUUCCUGAUGUCGGAUACACAACGGGAACAAUCAUUUUCCCUGUAGAUGUCAAAUGCACAUUCCGUCCGCGGACAGAGCAGGCUAGAGCGGCGCUCGUCGAGGCCAGUGUGCUCUGA